AAUCACUUCUGCUGACUUUCCUGCGUUGUUCUACUAGGAGGCCUUUUGUGCACUUAAAACAUUUAGCAACUAACUGAGCACCCACAAACAAUCGUGCCUGAUCCCUGACCACUGUCCCUGGAUUUACUAAGGUACGUUAGAUCAGAAGGAUUUUUCCCCGUUUUACUGGCGCAAAAUGCUCCGACCCUUAACGCAGAGGUAUUCAGUGACCAGGCCGCUCUACUCAGAAGACGCCUUUGAAGACGAACAUGCAAAAGUCUGUCGGAAACACAAAGGACUCUUGGAUCAUGUUAUACAGUAUUUCACUUGUACUUCUAAACGUGCAAAGAAUGCUACUGUUUCUCUGCUGCCUAUCAUUGGAUGGAUGAAAAUCUACUCAAUCAAAGACUGGCUGUUGAAUGACAUUGUGUCUGGAAUCAGCACUGGAUUGGUUUCUGUGCUACAAGGACUAGCCUUCAGUUUGCUGGCAUCCAUCUCUACCUGGUAUGGACUGUAUGCUGCUUUUUUCCCAGUCAUCAUGUAUUUUCUCCUGGGCACCUCACGACACAUUUCUGUUGGAUCUUUCCCUGUAUUGAGUCUCAUGGUGGGGGCAGCAGUGACCAGAUUGGUGCCCGAUGAGGGUCCGCCUGCCAACAUAACUGCUUUUGAGGGCCUGACGAAAGAAGAACAGAGAAUCUUAGUGUCUGCCUCCAUUUCUUUCCUAGUGGGAUUAUUCCAGCUUGGCAUGGGGCUCCUGCAGGUGGGCUUCAUUGUCAAGUACCUGUCAGAUACUCUAAUAUCCGGAUUCACCACUGCAGCUGCUAUUCACAUCCUGGUUUCCCAGCUCAAGUUUAUACUAGGACUGACUGUGCCAGGUUUCAGCGGACCACUGGCUAUUAUAUAUACUCUUGAGAGCGUUUUUACCCAGAUCACCUCCACGAAUAUCCACGAUCUGGUCACCUCAAUUGUGGUGAUGGUGGCUGUGUUGGGCGUAAAGGAGAUCAACGAAAGAUUUAAGUCAAAAUUGCCAGUGCCUAUCCCCAUAGAAGUCAUUAUGACCGUCAUAGCAUGUGGCGUCUCCUACGCAUUCGACUUCAGCGAAAAACACGGAGUGGAUGUGGUGGGGAAAAUUCCGAACACGUUUGAGUCCCCAAUCGCUCCCAGCCUGCAGGUUUUCCAGAUGACAGCAAUGGAUGCUUUCCCAAUAGCUAUUGUGGGAUUUGCCGUGGCUUUUGCAGUGGCUAAAGUCUACGCUGUAAAACACGACUACAAUAUAGACGGAAAUCAAGAACUCAUUGCCUUUGGGGCAAGCAACAUCUUUGGAGGAGCGUUCAAGUCUCUGGCAGCCAGCACGGCCCUCUCCAGAAGUGCAGUUCAAGAAAGCACUGGAGGAAAAACACAGGUAGCUGGUUUGGUCUCUGCUGUUAUCGUACUGGUGGUGAUCUUGGGGAUAGGUUUUUUGUUGGAUCCUCUACCAAAGUCGCUUUUGGGUGCAGUGGUGAUUGUGAACCUGAAGGGGAUGUUGAUGCAAGUGGUUACAGUCCCUUACCUGUGGAAGAAAGACCGUCCUGACUGCAUUGUUUGGGUGGGGACCUGUUUGGCAGCUAUAUUCUUGGGGCUGGACUUAGGACUUGCUGUUGGUCUUGGACUGGAGCUCCUCACCGUGGUCUUCAGGGCUCAGUUUCCACGCUGCAGUGUCCUGGCUAAUAUCUCAGGGACAGAUAUCUACAGAGAUCGCAAGGACUAUGUCAAUAUCUAUGAGCCAGAGGGAGUGAAGAUUUUCAGAAUCCCAUCUCCUAUUUUCUUCGCAAACAUCGAUUUCUUCAGGGACAAACUGAAGGAUGCUGUGGGCUUUAAUCCUCUGAGAAUCCUGAGGAAGAGGAACAAGGCAGUGAAGAAGAUUAGGAAACUGAUCAAGACAGGGGUGCUAACCUUAACAUCAAACGGACUACAGGCCGUGUGCUCUACGCCCUUUGAAGAUUCAGAGGAUGAAAGCAACAUGGAGGAUCUAGACAAGCCCACAGACUAUUCAGAUCUUCCAAUCCAGGUGAACUGGAAUGCAGAACUUCCUGCCAACAUCCAAGUCCCUCCUGUAAACAUCCACAGUUUGGUCCUGGACUUCUCUGCCGUAUCAUUCCUGGAUAUAUCUGCACUGAAGGGUCUCAAAGCGGCCUUAAAGGAAUUUCUACGCAUUGAUGUUGAUGUUUACAUAGUGGGCUGUGAUCCAUAUAUCAUAGAGAAGCUGAGGAACUGUGCAUUUUUUGAUGAUGAAAUCAAGACGUCCAUUUUCUUUUUGACCAUCCAUGAUGCAAUGCUCUUCAUUCAUGAGUCCCAUCCAACAAAGACUGUGAGCGAAAAGGUCUCAGGAAGAUUCCAUUACCAAUACAUGUCCAAUAGGUUGACAAUCCAAGAAAAGGAAGAGGUGAAAAUGAAAAUCGAAAAAGACAUCAAUCCAGGGACAAGGCUUUGAAGUGACCCAACAAGAAACCUCCACUAUACUGAACUUUUAAAAUCAAUGUAUAUAAGAAUAUAUUUGAUUAGCGCAUAGCAGUUUUGUAUUCUGUGCACUGUACUGCACGCAGCAUGAAUUUGCUUUCGAAUAUGUCAGUGUGUCACGUCAUUAAAUUAAUGGAUUAGUGGUAAACAAACACUCUUAUCAGCUCACUACUAGUGCCUUUUUUAUAUUUACAAUUUCAUUUUUAAAUAGUAUUUUUAUGUUCACUAUUUUUAUUCUAAAAU